AUGGAAAAUGAAAAUAAAAAAGACAAAUUACAUUUAACAUUAUUUGAAUACGCUGAACGACAACGUUUGAUUUAUAUUGAAGACGAAGAAUUUGUUCCAUUGUCUCGAUAUAUUCAAUUGAAAUCAAUAAAAUCCGAAUGGAUACAAAUGGAUCAAACAUUUUCUUCAUCAAUUGAAUCUGAUGAAGAAUUUGUAACAAAAUUAAAUUUCGCUGCAAAUAAAUAUCAUAAUCGAGUUACUCAAAGAUUUCAACAAAAUUCAAUAGAAAAAUCCAUUUCAAAUACGAAAUUAUUAACUUUAGAAGAAUAUGCACAAAGAAAGAAAAUUUCUCGAGAAAAAUAUCAAUGUUUAGAUAAUCAACGAUUAAACAAAUUAAUUGAAAAUAUUAAACAAACAUUUUCAUCGAAACAAUUCAUUCAAACGGAAACUUUUCAUUCGAUUAACAAAUCAUUCGUUGGACAAAUCGAUUUAAUUGAACUUUGA